AUGCUUGGCUCGGUACUCAAUUUGCACAAGAAGAAGAAUGUCGAGAGUAAUUAAAGUGAUUAACCAACCAUCUCUGCAAGUCCAGGGAUCUCGAAUCCUUUCUUUUUCGUUACCGCAAAGGCCGCCCAACUUAUUGUGACCUGGAAUCUGUUUUGGUUUCAGUUUUCGGUCCCCGUCCUAGCCUCCAGGCCCCAAAAAAGGAUGGGACGAACCGAGUUUAUGCGCGAGAGAAUGGCCAAGUGAGUGAAGCUUGGCCAAAAAACAAAUCCUCCACGCGAAGAUGCCCUGGGGUUAAUUAAGCUCGGCCCUUUGUUUUCUACACUUGGCCCGACUUUUCAUCUAAUAAUCCGCACUUCCGCUCAGGGUUAUGGGCUCUUUAAUCCGCGUCCAAUCCUUUGGAAUGGGUCAUGCAAUAAGGCUAAGUGCUGUUCGAAUGACGGGUAUUAAUAGGGGAAUGAGGACAUGUUCUUUUCAGGAGACUUUUCUCCACGGAUUGCAUGACUUGUAUAAGACUUGCUAGUGACUGCUUGACACUUGUUUGUUGAUUGUGUUCGUGUUCUUGUUGUAAAUGGACAACGGUUUAGUUGUUUGCAGUUAAUCACGGACUGUUGUCACUUCACACAUCUUCUGCUUCCUCCUUGGAUAUUCAGAGGAAGACGGAGAAGAUCGGCUUCCGGCUGAGAGCCGGUUUUGUGUCCUUUCUGGCCAUCUGAAUUGGAGAUUUGCUGCCAGAAAAGAAAGGGGAUGUGCUCAGUGUAACCUCGGGGGUGCCAUCAUGUUCUACGCUUGCCUCGCCGUGCUGAUCUUGUUCGGGAUCAUGUGUUUUUGUGUGACCAUCGCCAUUAUCGACUUGGAGGCCUACAAUUUCGGGUUAUAUAUUGUCUUACUUUGCAUUGUUGGUAUGUUUUAUCUUCCCAAGACGAUUUGUACGCCUACUCCUGCCGUCAAAAAUUGUUUUGUAGGGACAAUGCUAGCAUGUGCCUUGUGCAUAGCCAACCCAAAUGCAUGUCCCAAUCCGGUCUGGUACUCUAAUUUCUGUCUUAUGUUACAAGUAAGUGCAGCCCUAUUUAUAUUCAAUUCCCUUCUAGGAGAUGUACCCUGCGCCGGAUGGGACAUCCAGCCCUAAGAUGACAGGUCUGCGGUCGAGAAUGAUGGCCAUGCAGACAGCCAGUGCCACACAUCACAGCACCACAAAUGAUGAUGGGAAAUUGCCCGUCAGGUCGGUCUUCAGACCCGCUUUUAAGUAUAGGAUGUAAUGAAUAUCACUCGAUAUGACAAGUUCUUUUCAGGAACGAAUCACGCGCCACAGUAGCCAUGUUGGCUCCCGCAGUUCAUAUUAUGCAUCAGGUCUGGAAGGGAAUGGCCUGGGUGGCCGAUGGGAUCGAUGAGGAUGACGAGGACCCCACCAGAAGCUAUGACAACCUUGAGGUGGGACAAUCCACCAGUGAUUCUGAUGCCAUCAACAUGAAGAGACUAUCUACGGUAAUCGAACACGACCAGGUAAUCGGAAUCCAAACUAAAACCCUCCUUUAGGAAGAAUUGGGAAGUGAUUUCGCCUCCUGUCAUGAUGUAAUGGUAUGA